AUGAGAUAUAUACUCGGCUUAUGCUGUUUGUCCAACCUACACCGUGUCCGCUUCGUGUCAGUCGAGCAAAUGGCCAAAGGCAACUUAUCUCACAGCGGCGUACUUUUCAAAAGCGCACUAGCCCACCACUUUUUCCCUGUCACGAGGGCUCUACACGCGCACACGCAUCUAGCAGAGGUGGCUUCCUCUAGUCGGCCCAGCGGGUCGCGUCGAGCUCAGGAUAUCGAUCAUGCCGCAGCCGAAACACGGUCUGCCGAAAAUACUGUCCUCGGCACAGCUAGGCCAGGCCCAUAA